AUGGAGUGGGACAUUGCCCAAGCCUUCCAGGAAGAGUUGAGAUGCCCCAUCUGCAUGGAAACCUUUAUCGACCCAGUCACCAUCCACUGUGGGCACAGUUUGUGUCGACCGUGUCUGCGCCUCCUCUGGGAAGAAGCUGAGACUCCAGCCAGGUGCCCUGUGUGCAGGCAACCCUCUCAGCAAGAAGAGCUCAAAACCAACAUUGCCCUACAGAGUCUGGUGUCCAUCAGCCGACAAAUCAGCCUCCGACAAUUCCUGAGCUCCGAGGAGCAUACAUGCUGCACACACAAGGAGACCAAGCAGAUGUUUUGUGAAGUGGACAAGAGCCUGCUGUGUCCUCACUGCUCCCCAUCUCGGGAACAUGAGGCUCACAGACACCAACCUGUCGACUGUAUUGCUGCAGACAAACGAAAGAUUAUUUUAAAGGAAAUGGACACUAUAUGGGAGAAGAUACAAAAAAACCAGAGCAAUAUAUACGAGAAGAGGAACAUCAUCAACCAGUGGGUUUGGUACAUGAAUCUACACAGGGAGAUGACCAAAGAUUUUUAUUCAGCACUGCAUCUGGGUCUCCGGGAGGAGGAAAUACGACUUUCGGAGAUACUCAAAGAGAAAGGAAGAGUCAUCUUUCUGCAACUCAGGACAAUGGAAACCCAAAUGCUUCAGAAAAGCAGUGACCUCAGAAACAUAUAUCAGGAGCUGAUGAAAACCUACCAAAAGCUAGACCUGGAACUCCUGCGGCAUUUAGAAGACACCCUGGAAAGAUGCGAGAGUGCCUUGCUCUUCAUGCCCCAGCUGAAGAAGCCAGAGCUCAGCCCUCCUCCCAUUCCUAGAUUGAUGGAUAACCUCAACCAUUAUCGAGUGGAGAUCACCUAUUGUCAUUUGAUUCAGAAUCAUGAAGAAUCCAACUAUGUUGCUCUUUCAGGAAUCCAAGAGUUCAGCUCUGGGAAACAUUACUGGGAGCUCAGUGUCCAAGGCUUCUCCACCUGGGCUGUGGGCGUCUUCAGAAAUUCAGCAAUAGGGAGCAACCUUAUUCUGAAUGAAUCUGAGGACAUUUUUCUUCUUUUCUCUGGCAAGGGGAACAUUCAUUAUAGUAUCUUUACCACCGCUCCAUUGCUUCCUUACUUUAUAGAGAGACCAGUGGGCCGCAUUGGUGUGUUUCUUGAUCUCGAAAAUGGAAAUGUGAGUUUUGUGAAUGCUACUAAGAAUUCCUUUAUCUGGAGAUACCCAACUAACUCCUUCCAGUAUCCUGUCAAGCCUUGUUUUUUCUCCUGGUAA